GAGACACCUACUUUACAGCACAACCACACAGUCAGAUAGACAAAAUGUUUUGGACUCGAUCUGAUGGAGUCAUCUCUACCACCUGGUUUGGAUGUGUCUGCUAAAAGAUCUUCAUUUCUAGAAGAAUUUACAGAAUUUAUUGUCUUUUCAGAUUGAUUUAUUCACAGAUAGUUGGAACAAAAACAUGUGGGGUUUUAAAAAACAAUGCCAGGGUUCUUCUCCUCCUCCCUCUCCUCCUCCACCUUCACCUUUUUUAGAGAAGCCACUGAGGAAGAUACAAUGGGAUCAGAAAGAGAGAGACCUGCAGCUUGUGAGAGAGUAUAAGCCUCACAAAGAUGUCCAGCAUCUCAGAAUUAUGCUUCAUGGACCACCAAAUGCUGGAAAGUCCAGCUUCAUCAACUCUGUCGACAGUGUUUUAAGAGGCAAAAUCGCAGCUCGCGCUCUGACAGCGAACAACUCUGGUCACAGUUUCACCACUGCAUACAGAACAUAUAAAAUUCAGAAAGGAAAUCCAGGAUCUUUUUACCCUUUUGUCUUCACUGACACCAUGGGUGUUGAGAAAGGCACUAACAGAGGAAUUCAUAUGGACGACAUCAAACUUGCCCUUAGUGGAUGUGUAAAAGAUGGUUACAGGUUCAAUCCCACAUCUCCAUUGCCUGAAACCGAUCCUAACUACAACAGUUCCCCCACUAUAAAUGACAAAACCCACGUUUUGGUUUUUGUUAUUCCCGCCAUCACAGUCAGCAUAAUCGAUGAUGAAACUGUGAGGAAGAUGAAGGAUGUCAGAUUAGCAGCUCGUGACAAAGGGAUCCCACAUAUAGCUCUGAUCACUAAAAUCGAUGAAGCCUGUCCUGAAGGCAAAGAAGACAUAAAGAACGCCUACAAGAGCAAGUUCUUGAAUGAGCAGAUGGAAAAAUUGAGCUCGAUCCUGGGUCUUCCAAUGAACUGCAUCUUUCUCGUGAAGAACUACCACACAGAAAUUGAGACGGAUGACAGCAUGGAUUCAUUGAUACUAAGUGUACUGAAAAAGAUCAUCGACUAUGGAGAGGACUACCUGAAUGACUUAGACUUAAAACCAACUGGAAAGGAUGGAAAAUGAAGAUGUAAGCAGCUACAGUUACUCUCCAGGUGUUCCUGAUUUGCCAUAAUUAGAAUCACAGUCACAACAACAUGUUAGUUUCAUUAGAACCUUUAUCAUACUGACUUUAGACUGGUUCUUAUUUUAUGUAACUUUUUUCCUUUGCAAACUAAAUUAAAAUUAACUGAUGAGUAUUCAUCUUAAGUUUUAUUAUCAAAAUUUCUGAAAGAAAAUCAGUACAUGUACUUUUUGUUCUUUGUUGUGUGUUCAAAGUGUCAUCAUCAGGAAGAAUUACUGAUACAUGCAUGUAAAGUGCUCUCUGCUCUGUCAUUGUAACCUUCGAUGUAAGACUGUCCUCUCUGAAUCAGUGCAUUAACACAGUGAACCCAAAUGUUCUUGAGAGAAGAUCAAAAGCUAAAAAGACACACGUGCACAGAUGGAGGAUCAGUGCAGAUGUGCUG